CAACAGGGAACAGUUUUAUGAUGGAUUUAGGGUAAAGGAUGAUUGGCAUUGGAAGGCAGGCAAGCAGAGGGCCGAGCAAUUAAAUAACAGAAUUUCAGAACAAAAGAUUGGAGAGCAGAAAUGCUGUACUUGCUGAUAGAGGCAGAGAGGGCUCAGAUCAUGAAACUACAGAAAGAGAAAACUAGAAACCUAGAAUCAUCUAAAAAACUAGCACCUAGAAUCAUCUCAGAACACAGAGGAGGCUUGAUGACUGAGCAGUCUGACACAGAUAUACUUGGACAACACCUCACCAAGGAGCAUGUCUCUUCCCACUCACAAUCCCCAAUACAGGAUUCACAGUGGUUCACGCUGAGUCCACAGGAGAAAUUGGACUGGGCUACUUCUUCUAAAGAUCCUAGGAUUGCUGCAGGUCAGCAGUCUCCACUGGAGAAAAUGAUCUCGAAUCUGGGUGGUGUGCAUACAACAGCAGCAAGACAGUUGAUAACUCAGAAAUAUCAAGAUGAGUAUGAAAUACUCUGUAAAGAGCAAGCUCUUUCUCUUGACUACUGGCUUGCCAAAGCAGAAUCUUUUUAUCAUAAAAGAAUACUACUGGAAAUGAUGAAAGAAGAGACCGGCACUGAAAUCAAGAAAAAAAUGAAAGGGAAAACAACCCAAAGCACAGAAGGACUAAAACAGUGCUAUUUGGUACCUGAGAGAGAGAUGAAACACAUAGAAAGGCACAUAAAUUAUACAGGACAGGCUAGAAAAUCUAAGAACAAAUCAUUUAGACAAGUACUACAACUCCCCAGUGAAACAAAAUUACCAAAAAUUAUGCCAGAAGGGCAUGGCAUCUGGAAUGCACAGAGAAGAAAGCAGGUAAAUGAGAGGGAACAGAUGCAAAUUAAGGAUCACCAGGAACGCAUGAUUCGAGGGAGAGCACUUACAGAGCAAAGACUCAGGGAAAGAAUCUUGAGAAGAAGCCAGAGCCAACCACCUACAUAUGAGAAGCAUGAGAGAGUAAAGAAAGAGAUAAAGGAGUUGGAAAGAGUUAUUGCGUAUCCUCUUUUCCAGCCAUGCAGUAGAAGUCGGAUCAAGGUGAAUAUUCUUAUGGAAAAGUCUCAGGAUGGAGAGAAAGUGAAUACAAUUAUGAAACCAUAUCAAAGAGAAUUCUUGACCAUGCCACCCUUUUUAAGAAGUCAAAUGGGAAAAAUAAGAGAUUAAAGUUUCAAUGCUGUUA